CAGUAGUGCAGUGUCCGCGUAGCAACGGAAAAAGUAGCCAGAAUUGAAAUAUUGUUUGCUCUGACAGCGUUGCUAAUUUUAAUUUCACCUGAGGUAUGUGUAGGCUUACGGGACAGAAACUUAUCGACCGCUCUGGUUCGCUGUAGAUGCCGCAGGCAGUCAGCGGGCGUCAACGUUUUUCUGUUGUGACGGCGCAAACCGGUGAAGCGACCAAUGAGUCAGCAGCUGAUCGGGGAUAAUUUUACCUAACGAACCUAUAUAUAAGUAACAAUGGCAGUUCCCGUAGCUGCGUUACAACUGAGCUCAUCAUCCAGUCCGGGUCUGCUGGAGCACAAUAUUCAUCUCAGCGACAGAGAUUUGGGAAGGAUUUCAAAUAAGGAUGAAUAUGACACUCUGCCUUUACAUUCUCCGUGGACUUUCUGGCUCGACAGGUCUUUACCAGGAACGACAGCAGCUGAAUGCGAGUCAAACCUAAAGAAAAUCUACACCGUGGAGACCGUCCAGAACUUCUGGAGAGUUUACAACAACAUACCCGGUGUCUCCAGUUUGCCACUAAGAUGUAGCUAUCACCUGAUGAGAGGAGAAAGGAAGCCACUUUGGGAAGAAGAAAGCAAUGCUAAAGGUGGUGUGUGGAAAAUGAAAGUACCCAAAGAGUGCACUUCUGCUGUGUGGAAGGAGUUGCUGUUGGCCACCAUUGGAGAACAGUUCAGUGAUUAUUGUGCCUCAGAGGAUGAAGUAGUCGGGGUCAGUGUCAGUGUAAGAGACCGAGAAGAUGUUGUUCAGGUCUGGAAUGGAAACGCUUCUUGUGCUACUGAGUCCAACAUCUUAGGAAAGAUCUACGAGCUCCUUCCUCAAAUACCUUUUAAAGCAGUGUUUUAUAAACCCCAUGAGGAGCAUCAUGCUUUUGAAGGAGGUCGAUCAAGACAUUAGCACACUUUGCACAGCAGAAGCCUUGAGAUAUUCUUUUUUUUUUUUUUUUUGGUUCUUUUGAAUGAGAUUUGGACCAUAAUACUGGCUCAAAUUUUUAAAGAAGUUUAGUUGCUUAAUGUACCAUCCUAAUUACCUCAAUGUAGCCCAACUAUUAUGAAAUUUUUCAGUGAAAAUACUUUUAUUUCAGCGGAAAGCAAAAACCAUUUUAGUUUCAUUUUGUCUGUGGAAGUGUUUGUAUGUUUUUAUACUGCACAGUUUUACAAAACUGUAACCAAAACAGCACAUCAUUUAAUUCUUUUUAAAAAAAAUGUAUUAUAGCAUACUUUGAGCAAUUUACUGAGCACAAACAAAGCUAGGUCUUUGAAAUAAAUCUAAUUUUUGGAUUUAAGAGGAGGCUGAGUUCUGCAAAGCAAACCUUUAUCUGAAUAAUACAAGGCUUUUCUAGUCAGCUUGUUUUUCUUUUUCUAAAUUACAGCCAAAACACUGUUGCCUAUGCUGGACAACAUAAAUAUUUCAUAUGCUGUAUGGCUAGUAUUUGAGCAGAAAAUUGCACAGUCCAUUUUUGUUUUCUUGUUUAGGAUACGAGUGAAAGGUGAAAGGAAUAUGUUUGUGUUACAAUAAAAUGACCUCAGUGCACAGAACACCUUGAAUAGAUGCUGAGAAAUAUAUGCAAUCAUUUGUAUUCUGUACAAUUUGUGGCAAAUUUGCAGUGUUGUGGUUGUCAUUUUGUUUCAGCCUCUGCCCUAAAUCAAGCACUUUGUUUCUUACUGUGUUUAUGUGACACCUGAUAGCUCCUCCAGGGUUCCAUGGAGUUGUGAUACCACAGACCAAAUACACUUUGGUUUUCUGUCACCUUUUCUAAUGAAGUGUAUAGUUGAUUUUCUUGUUGUUCAUUUUUGUUAUCUUUCUCUUUUUUUGGCUUUUGAUAUUAACUGUGUCACCGACAAAAAUUUUUAUGUAUUCACUUCAUCUGUGUUCAAAUAAAAUUUUUACUACAAAUCAUUUUUCAAGUAGGUAAAACUGGCCACAGGUAGAAAUUAACAAUCAACACAAGACACACAGAAAUCUGUCACAAGGGCACAAAAAAGAAAGAUGUUGCUGUUUUGAGCCUAUUGUAAUAUAUUUGUACAAAUCAAAGGUGUUUGUUGAAGUGAUGCCUUCACUGCUGCAAGGCUAAAACUGUAUGAAACAAGUUAGUGAUGGCUUAUUACUGCUACACCUAAAACAUUUUCUCUCAAAUCCUUAGCUUUAAAGCGUUUCCCUUUGUGGUUUCAUAUGUAAUAGGCUGUAUUUGUGUUAUUUGAAAUCAUAAUAAUGUUAUGAAAAUGUUGAAACUCAUGUAAUUUACAUCUCACCAAAGGCCUUUUUUUGAGUGUGUUUCUGUACGAGUGACUGCUUAGAGCAGAGUAGAAUCUUUCUGAGGACUAGUACUGUAAUACUAAGACAUUUGAGGUUAUUUCUACGGAACUAUGUGAGUGUGCGUUGAAACCCAUAGACAAGCUGCUGCUGUGGUUUAUCAAUUAAAUCAAAUGUUGAAGUGUUUGUAAUGCUGAUGGCUCAGUUGGGAUUAUCUGCUAAAAUCAACGAUAUUGACACUUAGUUUUACAGACGUUGCCAAACUUGUCCCGUAUUGUUUGGUUGUUCAUGUAAUGAUGUUAGAAAUGCAAACAGUAGGACAAGAGAAUAACAAUACUUUCCCCUUGCACAUAAACCGCUGACUGCUCCCUUCACAUUUCAGACUUUGUAACUGAUUGUUGAUCUUGGAUGGUGCCUUGUGCUUUUCAGCGGUUUACAAUGUUAAAGUCCUCUGUGUUCAGCAUGUUGAAAUUGUACCUAGUCAUGUUUCUCUAUUAGUUUUACACGUGUUGAAAAUGAAAAAUAAAGACACCUAAACUUCAA